UAUGGCAAUUAUUAUCCACAUAUUUUAUGUGUUAAUAAAAACAGAAUAAAUGUGAUUUUAUUGCACUUUUUUGGUCUAGAUUUUGUAAAGAGCAACGCAGUGUUAAGUUUAAGUUUAGUGUUAGAGAACAAAACAAGUUGAAAAGUUCCUUCAGUGAAGUUUAGCCACAGAAACGCAAAACACAACAUCCCAACCGUCAAGGCCAUCCUUUGCUAUCUUCCCUUUGUGUAUCCGCAACAAAAUACUUGCCUUGCAGACUACAGUCAAAGUCAGAUAGCUGCAGAGCCAAACAGAUAUGUGUGAGAAUAGGAAAAGUCACAUAACAGAAUCAGUUUUCUGGAGCUACAGUACAGUCAUGGUGUCCUGCAAGGUCUUCAUCCUGGCCCCGUUGUGGAUCCACUUUCUGACUCAUGCCUGCAGGGGGGAGGAGGUGCCCCGGGAAGCGGUUUUGUCCUGGUUCAGAGAUCGGGUUCUGCAGGGCCUUGAUUUAGAGGAGCCUCCUCAAACAACAAUGCAACGUGCAGAUGGGGAUACAGUAGAGCCAGAUGCAGGGCCAGCGCCGCUGAGGUCCCCGAGGACAAGCAGGACAGCAUGGGUCAAGCAGCCAGCUGGUUCAAACCAGGAAACAACACAAAUUAUUGUCUUCCCCAGCUCUGAUUCGUCCUGUGCCCAGUCUGAGUCAGCUCCUGCAGAAACCACCAACACCCACUUUACGUAUUACUUCCAGCCGUCAGUGACCAACCACGAGACAAUGCUCACAUCUGCCCACCUCUGGUUCUACGCAGGGGGGGGAGGAGUGUCGGCAAACUCCUCGGUCCAGCUCUUUAUCCUCACUUCAGGGCAGCAGCUCCUGCAGGCCGCAGAAUCACCAGCAACGAGGAGCUCGGACGGAUGGACCACCUUUGACCUCGACCAAAAGCUGCUUGUUUUUAUGGCUGAGGGUCCUUUUCUGCUUCAAGUGCGUUGUCUGGCCUGUGAGUGCCACGCCAACGAAUCAGACAAGAUGCCCUUUCUCCACCUUCGGGCUCAGUCUCGUGGUUCUGUUCGAUCCCCGCGCGAGGCCCCUGUCGCCAUCCCCUGGUCUCUCUCUGCCAUUGACCUCCUCCAGAGGCCCUCCCAGGAGAGACCCCAGCACAGAGACUGCCACCGAGCAGAGAUCCAAAUCAGCUUCGAGGAGCUCGGCUGGGACAACUGGAUCAUCCACCCGAAGGUGCUGACAUUCUACUACUGCCACGGGAACUGCUCGGCCUUGGAUCGGACCACCUCCGUGCUGGGGAUCCCGCAGUGCUGCGCUCCAGUGCCCGGGACGAUGAGGUCCCUGAGGAUCACUACGACAUCUGAUGGAGGGUACUCAUUCAAGUACGAGACCCUGCCCAAUAUCAUACCUGAGGAGUGCACUUGUAUCUGAAGAUUGAAGCAUUAAAGGGCCAGUUCACCAAAAAAAACUAAAUCAUAUUUGUUUUUAUUUACAUGAAGUUUGUCAAGUAUGUUUCCUUUUUCCUGGUUAAGUACUUUCAGCCUCCAAUUACAAACACUUCACAAUAAAAGUCCCUUUACUUUUCAAAUGCCUAAGGGUAUGGUUGAGUAUACAAGACAUGCACAUUUCUUUGAUGCUACAUGUGUUUCAUUGGAUUUUUAAUUCCAAAGUGGAUUAUUUUAAAUCCAAGCACAUAGAACAAAAACGUUUUGUAAUUUAAAGGUGACUGGCCCUUUAAGACUCCACUCACUCGGCUUAUAAAUGCCUUCUGUCCAACUAAUCAGAGAUGUUCUGUCAUUGUUUUACUAAAUCAAAUCCUGGAAGGUUGAUUUUGAUGUUUUGUGUUUUUUCAUUUAACCUGUAGAGGUCAGUGUUGACCUAACUUUUACAACAUUUCCCUCCCUAGUACUUAAAAUAGUCUGAAACCUGCUGUUAACAGAUGUUCUGUAAUGUACAUUAAAUCACUGAUUUAAACGUGGAUUUGUUUUGUUUUUGUACAUCCACACACACACACACAACGCUAAUCUGCUUGAGAUGAUUAAACAAAGAUGGCCAUUUCUUCUUGCGUGCAUUUCAGUUUAAACGAGUAUUAAAGU